AGCCUCGGGGUCCCGGGCUGAGGGAGCCGGAAGGAAGUGAGCGGUCCCGCCCCUUUUCCCCUCUCGUUUCCGUAGGAGCCACCGCCGCCGCUGCCGCAGCUGCUGCGUGUUCUCCGGCGAGCCGGAGUCUUCCUGCAGUAGCCUCGGUCCCCGGCCGCGCGGAGCCGGGAUGCACUGCUCCUGCUGUGGGUCCUCAUCAUGGAGACCAAACGGGUGGAGAUUCCCGGCAGCGUCCUGGACGAUCUCUGCAGCCGAUUUAUUUUGCAUAUUCCCAGCGAGGAAAGAGACAAUGCUAUCCGAGUGUGUUUUCAGAUUGAACUUGCCCAUUGGUUUUACUUGGAUUUCUACAUGCAGAACACACCAGGAUUACCUCAGUGUGGGAUAAGAGACUUUGCUAAAGCUGUCUUCAGUCAUUGUCCAUUUUUGCUGCCUCAAGGUGAAGAUGUGGAAAAAAUUUUGGAUGAAUGGAAGGAAUAUAAAAUGGGAGUGCCAACAUAUGGUGCAAUUAUUCUUGAUGAGACACUUGAAAAUGUACUACUGGUUCAGGGGUACCUAGCAAAAUCAGGCUGGGGAUUUCCAAAAGGAAAAGUAAAUAAAGAAGAAGCUCCUCAUGAUUGUGCUGCUAGAGAGGUCUUUGAAGAAACUGGUUUUGAUAUUAAAGAUUAUAUUUGUAAGGAUGAUUACAUUGAACUUCGGAUCAAUGAUCAGCUUGCUCGUUUGUACAUCAUUCCAGGAAUUCCAAAAGAUACAAAAUUUAACCCAAAAACCAGAAGAGAAAUCCGGAAUAUUGAGUGGUUCUCCAUUGAGAAAUUGCCUUGCCAUAGAAAUGAUAUGACCCCAAAAUCCAAACUUGGUUUGGCACCAAACAAAUUUUUUAUGGCCAUCCCUUUUAUCAGACCAUUAAGGGACUGGCUUUCUCGAAGAUUUGGAGAUUCCUCAGAUAGUGACAAUGGAUUUUCCUCAGCUGGUAGCACACCAGCUAAACCCACUGUGGAAAAAUUGAGUCGAACCAAAUUCCGCCACAGUCAGCAGUUAUUUCCUGAAGGUUCUCCUGGUGACCAGUGGGUAAAGCACCGGCAGCCCCUGCAGCAUAAACCAUAUAAUAAUCACCAUGCUGAAAUGUCUGAUCUUUUAAAGGCAAAGAAUCAAAGUAUAAGGGGAAAUGGCAGAAAACAGUAUCAAGAUUCACCUAAUCAAAAGAAGAGAACGAACGGGACACACGGCCAGCCAGCCAAGCAGCAGAGUCCCCUGGCGAAAUGUGAAAAAAAACUUCAUCCACGAAAACUUCAGGAUACUUUUGAAACAGAUGCUGUGUAUGACUCACCUUAUUCCGGUGAAGACCAGUUGCUGGAACAUGCCGAGGGCCAGUCUGUGGCGUGUAAUGGACACUGCAAGUUCCCCUUUUCAUCCCGAGCUUUUUUGAGUUUCAAGUUUGACCAUAAUGCUAUAAUGAAAAUCUUGGACCUUUGAUAGCAGCAAAUAUGGAAGUCUCCAAAUCAGAGACUUGUUGCAUUUGAGUGGGUGUCUCUUUGAGCCUUACCUUUCUCAGGUGUUUUAAAGAAAUGCAGGGAGACGAUGUUUCUGAAGAGAUGUUCUCUGUGCAGAAGAGAGAAGAUUAGAAAGAAACAUGAAUUUGCACUGUAAAUGUGGUUAUGACUUUUUAUACACAUGUACCUUUUCAGUGUUUGGCUAAUGAAUUUAAGUUGCUUUUUAUGAGGGCAUUUUUUUCUGUGAUUGUGGUUUUUAUCUUGUAUUCUGGUCACAAAAAUAGCAUUUGAGUCAUCAUUAAGUAGCCGGGUUAAUGGGAAUGCUCCAUCUUCCCACUGCAGUGAUUGUGAUACUAGUUUCCUAUACUGAAAACUUUAAAAGAAACUUAAAAUACACAAUUAUUACAUGAAUACAAGACCCGAAAUGUCACAGAAGUCAAGAUUGCAGGUCAUCUGCUUUGGUGGCAUUUUGCACAUUUCUAUGCUUCUAAUAGCUUAGGUUCGCUAACCUUCCUUGCUAGGAGUUUUGUUGAAAGGUUUCACUUAGAGUCAGAAUCUGCUAUAUAACAUGUUCAAGAUGAACUCAUGGCACUUGGUGAAAGCACAGAGUCCUCAGCCUGGGGAGGGGCUUGAGCUGGUGCUGGAGAGCUGCGGCUCUGGUUCUGAGUCGUGCCGUGUGCUCACGCUGGGCUCGGAGGCUGUGGGGAGAGGACGGCUGGGGGAGAGCGCGGGGCCGGGGCCCCGAGACUGUGCUGUCACAGCUGCAGCGUCCCACCCAGCCCCUCGGGUCGUGUGGUUUUGUUCUCGUGCGACUCGACUCUGUUACAGCUGUGUAAAUACGUAUGGAGUACCGACAUUACUAGGUUCCACAUUGCAUCUCAGUGUUGUUGAUCUCUUGAAACGGAUGCUGUUUUAGGUUCCCACUUGCAGUAGUAGCAGAGACUGACAUACUUGGUAGCGUACUGAAGCCUCUGGACGAUGGAGUGAAAAGGGAAGGGUGUGCAGUUUACCCAAAUACUGAUAAAGCAUCGCACUAGGGGAGGAGCAGAACAGGGCAGCAACAUGUGUGAUUCACUCCUAGGAAUGUAUUGUGCUCCUUUAGGAUUCUUAAAUCCAAAUAAGGAUGGCAGUGCCCAUUUAGAGAAGGAGUUUAGCUAUGUAAAGCUAUGGACAAUCACCAGGGCUUUAAGGGGGCUUUAGUGUUUGGGCUGCUUCUGACCUCAUUGAAGGUGUUUCUUUGGGGGUGGGGGGAGAGUGUUAGCAUAUGCGUGCAUACGCGUCUGUCAUAUGGGUUUUAAAAAUCUACUUUACAUGUGGUAUCCACAAAAUAUAUCUCUGCUUGUAAAUUUUAUUGUGGAAAUCUUGAUUCUGUAUAGAUAGUCUAUUUAAUAGGGUUUCUAUUUAACCCUGUGGGACUUUCAAAAGAAGUGCUGUUGUAAGGAGUUCACUUGCUUUUUCUUUGCUUUAGAUUUUCAAUGGCUUGAUUUUAAAGGAGAAAGUCUAUUUAUGAAUAAAAGUGUCACCAUCUUGGUGCUAAGCAGGAUAAUUCAGUUUUAGCAGUGUGUUAGAACUAGGUUAUCCACUGUCCUGCAUCUUUUAAUGUGACAAAUUGGUGAAUCCUUCUGUGACCUUUUAAAAAUGCAUUUUAAGAUUGCUUUGGAAGCUCUUAACUGUUCUAAGAAUACAGCAGCUUUGCUUUGGUCUCCUUGAGCCAUAUUUAUAGUUGGUCCCAGCAUUCCAGGUUUCUGUUCUUAAUGGAGUGAAACUUAGUUUGUCUGGCAGGUGAGUCGUUUUCACUCAUUUACUGCCGUCUGGAAACCAUUUAAUUUUUUGUGAUUUUGAAUGUGUUUUUUUCUGUUUAAGUGAGUGCUUUGGUCAGUCUUUUCUGGUGCCUUGAGUUGGAAUUUUCAGCUCUUGACACUAAAGCAGAAGAGAUUAGUUACCAGAAAUAUGGCCUCUAAUGGUGUUGAGCCUUUUCAAGAACCAACAGAUUAUUUCUUUUCGAUUAUGUUAGUUUGGUUAAAUAUUGCUAUUGGGCUGCUUCAUUUAAUGCACUGUGGGUGGGACAAAAUAAGGGUGUUGUUGGGAUGGUAAUUUUGGUAUUGAGGCUUUUAGCUCUCUUUACAGUUUGAGAUUUAAAAAAUGUUAAAAGAUGAGUUAAAAUUUAUUUGUGUGAUGUGACUUAACUAUGCAGAAAAAUGUAUAAGUUGGAUGUACCUAUUUUAUGUACAUCUGCUAUACUUCUUCCCUCGAACCUGUAUAUUAGAUUCUCAGUGUUCAGCUUACCUUGAAAAGGGCCAUGCUUAGCACAGAACUAGAUUUCUUGAUUGAGAAAUUUUAGCAUGGUUUGAAGAAAUCAAGUGAUAGAUAAGGGAGUGUGCUGAAUAUGCAAUACCUUACUUCUGUGUGCUGCAUUUUAAGAAGCUAGAUGAGAAUAGCAGUUGUGUUGGCUUCAAUUACAGAUUAUGUCUUUGAGAGAAAUAUGUCUGUUGAACCCACUUUUUCAGUAUUCUUAGUUCCAAGGUUCAGUGUACUGUGAAUCUUUUUAUUUUUUUAAAUUUCCUAGGUGCUUUUAUGUAUAAUGAUUUGUAAGAUGUUCAAUGAAUUGUUUUUGUACUUAACCAUUAUAAUCUAGAAGAUAGAAUUAUGGUUUAUAUGCUUUCACAAGUUUUUGUUCAGAACUAGCAAAUGAAUGGUUUUAAGAUUUCAAAGUGGUGUUCUGAGACAUGAGCAUUUGGAGACAUCUGAGAUCCUACUAGAGCUUUUGUAGCAUGGGUGAAAUUUGGUUGAAGAUGUUUGAAAGUGAAGUUGGAUUUUCAUGGUUAUGAAAAGGUGAGUUUCCUAUGCUGUAAAGGAAUGGUGGUCACUGCUUGCUGCUUUGAACUUGGAUUAUUUUUCCAUUAAGUAUCAAUUAGUAAGUACAAAUGAAGAUGUAUAGCAAUAUUAAUUUUACGCUAUGAGAUUGGGUUGGUAUUGUCUUUUAAGUCUUUAGUGAUUUGUGUGUUAAUAUAAAAAUACUCCUCAAGUCUAAGUGAAUGGCAUCCUUCCAUAAGGAGGAUUAAAUUCUUCUAUAAAACUUAAUACAUUGUGGUAGUCUUAGAAAAUUUCAGGUCUGAGUGCAUGUAUGCAUUAAAAAAAAUUAAAAACAUUUCAUUACCUUUUCCCUUGCUUUUUUUUUUGUUUGUUUCCAACAGUUAACUUGAACAGUAAGGAGCAAAAUCAGUUAAAAAAUUAGACUUUUUAACAGUUAUUUUUCUUACUAUGAUAAUAUCUCUUGGCUUUUUAUCUUUAUCUUUGUACCAGUGGCCCUCUGAGCUACGUGCUCAGAGAUUUUUGUCUUGAUUGACGUCCAUUGUGUCUUUGUAUUCUCUGAGGCAGUACAGUAUUUUCUUUGCAUAUUAAUCAUAGUUAAAAGGUCAGAGUCAUUAACAUUUUCUGAUUGAAGAAAAAUUAGGUGUUACCUAGCAAUUUUGAAUUAGGUAUUUUCUAGCCUGGGGAAGGGACUCGCAUGUAUUCCUGUAAUGUUAAAGAUAAACAAGACAAACUCGCUCUGUCUGAAGUUAUCAAUCUACUUUAUGUAUUAAGUACCUGUCUCUAGGUAAAUGGGUGUUAGUUAAAUAAGUUUUGUUAAACUUUAUCCUAGGUAGUUUGGUGAAGCCUUGAGUUCCUCAUUAUGUACUAGACUUUAAAAUCAGUUUGUACAGUUGCCAAAAAUUGUAAAAAUGAGAUUAUGAUGGGCUUUCUCAGCAUCUUUUUGUUCUUAGAAUUGAGUUGUUUUUGAAGUUUCUCCACCUCUGUCAUGAAGAAGGCAGAUUACAAAUGGACAGUAUAGGCUCUGUCUCGUGCUUUUGGAGCAAAUUCUGGAUAUCAGUUUCAGAAAAUAUGAAAGGUUUAUUGUUAUAGGGUAAAAAGUGCCCGGAAGGAGGAAGAUAGCUAUAGUUACUGGGCAAGGAAAACAGAAGGCAGAGAUUUUAGAAGAUAAAAUCAGUUCUCAAGUGCUGUAUGAUGCAUGAGGCCAGAAAUGUGAGCAUUGCCUCGCCCAAGCAGAGUCUCGUGUGUGGCCAUUACCAAGCGUUUUCUGGCUCCAGGUUUAAUUUUUUUCUAAGUAUGGUUGCCAAGGGGUCCAGCAAAUCUGAAGUGAUUUUCUCCCUUUAAUAGUCAGUGUUUGAGACUCCAGCCACACUGAAGUGCUGACACGCGGCUUUCUCCCCCAGCCCGGAGCACAGCCAGCCACCCGUGGGCACAUGUCACGGUCGCUGCUCACAGUGACCCGCAGGACAGAACGCACACUUGUCCCAGACGGGCGUCCUGGUUUCCCCUGACAGUGUUCAUCACCGAAAUGGUGGCCUUAGCCAGGGAGCAGAGUACAGCUACCCCCGCUGCCUGGGAGUGGGCGUGAAGGGCUGGCUGCCGCCAGUUUUGUUCUCAGACUUUUACCAUAGAAGUACAGAGAAGUGUAGAAAAAAACCAUGAUGAAGUAUUCAAGUUUUAUCUUGAGAAAAUGUUCAUAACUGACUCUUUAAUCUGGGUUCCUUAGGAAAUCACCGGCAAAGAAGUCUCGUUUGUCUUGGGUCCCUCUGGUUAGCAGCGGGGGUGGUCUAGUUACGGUGGCAGCUUGGCAGCGCAGCCUGAGAGGAAUUGGCCUUGUUAACGAGGUCUCGUGUUGGCUCUGUAGUUGCUGGUCAGUGUCUUCUGGGGAAGGACAUGGGAUGCAGAGGGCAGUUGCCUGUGUGUUUUGUUUCCUGUGGACCCUGUUGUUAGUAGCCUUCAAUCCGUUCAUCCAGUGGAAGAAGGCGGCUCUGAACACUCACUUGCUGCUUAUUUGGUGUUUGGGUGUCCUUGUGGUGACUGACCUCUAUCUGGUGAGUGUUCUUUGAAGACCUGUUGUUCCUGAAUCCUUUUCUGGGGGUGACUGGUCAGAAAGAGGCCAUUGAGUCUGUCCCUUUGUGUCAUUUUUUUCUUUCUGUAACAAUUUUUUUUCUUUGUGAUGCAUCUCUCUCGUCAGUCUGCCACUGUGGGAAUUUACAGGUAAUAAUUGCAUCUUAACUUUCACCCUUGGGCCGUGAGCAGUCAGGAAGGGCUGUGGCCACCUGGGCUUGUUGAUUUUAGUUUCAUAGCUGUUCCACUGGUUUGGGAACAGGGGACACUUCUGUGUUGUUCUAGGGCACUGAGCAGUGUUCUGGUUUCUGAGAGGUCUUCAAAAAAACCCAAAAACAAAACAGUCUUCAGUUGUGGACUUUUUGACGUAAGAUGUAACAUUUUCAUUCAGUGUGCUUACAAUUCAUUGAAUCUGAUGUUCUAAAAUAGUCUAUAGCUAUGGUAUGGAACAUUUGGGGCACAAAUCUUCAUUGUAUCAUUUCUUACACUUGACGGGAUUAGCUGGAUCUUUGUAAAAUGAUUGCUUAGUUUGUUUUUUUGUGAUGUUCAGGAAUAGACUGGAUGACAGGAAAUGAAAGCACAAUUGGUUGUGAUUGAAAUUGAGAAAGGUAGUAACUGCUCCUCAGCAGUUUGGUCAGUUCUAUGUUUUUAAUACCUUUGCAACAAAUGAUUAGCAGUGGACUUGUACUCUUCGUGUCUUACGCAUACGAUAUGCACUGAUACAAAAGCACAAAAACAUAUCUGCAGUUUCUUUAUGCAUUUUGCUACUGUCCUAGGGCGCUGCUGUCUCUACUGGUCAUUUUAGGUUUGUGUUUGGAUCUUACCUUUUAAUUUCAAAUGAAAGAUCCCAAAGAACUGAUUAGUUUUACUUUUUUUUUUUCAUUUUAUUUCAAAUUUAGGACAGGAGACUGCUAACCUGACUCCCGUUUUAUAAACAUUGUUGUUCAGUCACUCAGUCAUGUCUGACUCUUUGCUACCCCAUGGACUGCAGCACACCAGGCUACCGUGUCCUUCACCAUCUCCCAGAGUUUGCUGCUGUUGUCUGAGUCAGUGAUAUUUUUUCUUCAGUAAGAGGGAAGGAGAAUGAACUAUUUUGCAUAUACAUAUGUUUGUGUGUAUAUAUAUACACACAAUAUACAUAUUUUUUCUAAUUGUUUUUAAAGUUUGCUUAUUAGCUUAUACUUAAAAAUUCGUCUUUUCUGAGUAUUGAUUCAUACAACUUGGUGUUUUAAUUUUACCUGUUGUCAUUGAAAAUUUAAGAGUCUUCUUUGAGAAUAAAAUGAUGAAUCAAAUGAAAUUGUGGUUCAUGUAUUAACUAACUUAAGUGAUCAUCAGCAUUAGCUUGGAUGGGAAAGGGAAUAAGAAUUGAUUUCUUCGUGUUCCUUGUCUAGUUCCAAAGCAAGGUUUGAAGUGUCUUUGGUGCUGUGGAGACUAGGUAAUGUUCAUGGAAGAUGUGGAGGCUUCAAACAGUUCCCUUAGGAGUCGGUUUUAGUAUGAAAAAGGUGAAGGUAUUUAUGCUAAGUUAUGUUAAAUUGGAAGCUACAAAAUUUGGUAGGAAAAAAUUGACGAAACACAUAAUUUUUACCUUAAUUAAAACUGUGUUUUAUUACGUUAGCUGCUAGGGCAUUGUACUGUUUAGGUAGGCUGUGUAGGUAAACCAGUGGAGUAAUUCUGUUGGUAGUAAUGAAGUUCCUGGUGCUUGGUUUGAUUAAUUGUGGACCAUUUAGGAAAAGCAGAAAAGGAACCCCAAAACACUGUUGGUACACCUUGUAGUUUUACUUUCUGACUGAAGAGUAGUUUUCCUUUUUCCCCCUCAGUUUCAAUGAAAGGAUAAGGACUGAUUUUCAUUCACCUUGAGUGUAUCUAUCAUAAGUAAAGGAUUUCCAGUGACUCAUGUUUAUGAUUCAGAAGUUUAAAUGUUUGCAGGAUUACUGCACUUUCAGAAUCGACUAGAAAUGCCAGCUGUACCCUCCACUGAGAAAAUGAACUAAGUUCUCUGUCUUUACACUUGUGCUCUUUUGAAAGCUUUUGAUGUAAAUAACACCAGUUGAGAAGUGAGAAACCUUUUAUCUUAAAAAAUGCAGUUUGAAUGAUGGAAGGUUUCCUUUGUAUGUAUUUUAAAACAUUUUUACAGUUGAUUGUUCAAAUAUUGGCUUUCUGUAAAAACAUGUUAAAUUUAGAGCCUUUGUAGUGCAAUAUCAAUAAAUUUUGCCUACUUGGGCAGUUUUAAUUACUACCUUAA